GCUCGGGGCAGGGGAGAAAGAUGAGCUUCACCUCUUCCUCCUUAAUAAAGCUAAACCCCAACAUCUCCCCUGCCAAUCUGACAAGCUGGAAGAGACUAAUCAAACAAGCAUUCCUUCCAGUCGGGAAGCUCCCUGCGGGCAGCUGCCUAGGCAUCGCUUGGUAAUUAGGGCUGAAUUCCUCCGUCUGCUCACAGAGGAAACUCCUAUCCAG